CCGACGAAGUGGGGAGGGGAGGGGAAGUGUUUCGGUGUUAGUCACCAGUGCCUUUGUUUGUUAACGGCUGUCGCCUGGAGAUAUUGAUUCUAGAAGGAAAAUGGCGCUCCGGAUUCUUCGUAAACUUCAAAAAAACUGCCAUUUGUGGCCGUCUUUGCAUCUCCAAACCCAUACACACCAGCAUCUUGUCAGCCACGAGAAGUUAGUCUUAUGUAACAUCAGUAGUUGGUGUAGACAUAUGAGUAAUGGGGUGGCUCAAGAAAAAGUCGAAAGUUCUGCUCAAGUUGACUCCAAGCCAAAAACUGGAAUAAUGCUCAUAAACAUGGGAGGUCCUGAAACCACUAAUGAAGUCCAUGACUUCCUGUUUCGACUUUUUUCUGAUCGCGAUCUUAUGGUGUUGCCAGCUCAAAGUAAGAUGGCUGCAUGGAUUGCAAGAAGAAGAACUCCUAAAAUUCAGGAACAGUACCAGAAGAUUGGUGGAGGCUCUCCAAUAAAAAUGUGGACAGAAAAACAAGGGGAGGGGAUGGUUAGGCUGCUGGAUGACAUGUGUCCUGACACAGCCCCUCACAAGUUUUACAUUGGAUUUCGCUAUGUGAAUCCUUUGACAGAGGACACUAUUGAUCAGAUGGAAAGUGAUGGAAUAGAGAGAGCAGUGGCAUUCACCCAGUAUCCUCAAUAUUCAUGUUCCACUACUGGCAGCAGUUUGAAUGCAAUUUACAGGCAUUACAAGCAGAAAGGAGAAAAUCCUAGCAUGAAGUGGAGCGUGAUAGACAGGUGGCCCACUCAUCCAGGUCUUGUGAAGGCCUUUGCAGAAAAUGUCCAAGCUGAGUUGGCCAAGUUUCCUGCUGAGGUUCAAAAUGAUGUGGUUAUUCUGUUUUCAGCCCAUUCCCUUCCCAUGAAGGUUGUGGAGAGAGGUGAUCCAUAUCCUCAGGAGGUAGCUGCUACAGUUCAGAGGGUGAUGGAAUCAUUAAACCACUCCCAUCCGUACAGACUUGUGUGGCAGUCAAAAGUUGGUCCCAUGCCAUGGCUAGGUCCCCAGACAGAAGAUGCUUUGAAGGGUCUUGCAAAGAAAGGGAAAAAGAACAUUCUGUUGGUCCCCAUUGCUUUCACCUCUGACCAUAUUGAGACACUUCAUGAGCUGGACAUAGAGUAUGCACAGGAGGUGGCACAUGAGGCUGGCAUUGAGAAUAUCCGUCGAGCAUCUUCUUUGAAUGACAGUCCAACUUUUAUCGGGGCGAUGGCUGAUGUGGUUAAAGCUCAUUUGGAUUCAGGAAUCAACUGUUCCCGUCAGCUUCCUCUUCGCUGUCCGAUGUGUGUAAAUCCCACGUGUGGUUUGGCUAAGGAGUUUUUCCUUAACCACACACUUUAAAAUGUAGAGAUUAGGGAUGGACCAUAAAAUAACGUUAUUUUGAAUUCCAAAAAAUCUUAUUUCACCGCUAUAGUAUAGUUGGCAAGGAACAAGCGUCUUUCCGCUCUCAGGUCAAUUAAGUUUCGUUGUGUUUAGAAGAUAAAACGUUAGCGCGGAUAUUUUACGUUAACAGUGGAGAUACUUGAACCAGUUUGAAUCGCGCUUUUUUGUAAUUUCCUCUCCAAAAGGGGCUGAGGCAUGUAAUGCGUAUUGAUUUCAUCUUUCUUCGCUACCCCUUGAGUUAAAAUGCAAAAGCUGUUUCCGCAGUGUUCAGAUGGUUAACCUGUGGAACUCUGGGCAAGCUGUCUUGGGGCUUUCUGUGUUCAGUACACUGCCUCUCCUCACCCAGGUGUAUAAAUGGUUUAAUGCUGGGGGUACCUCUGCGAUGUACUUGCACUGCAUCCCGUCUUGGAAUGAGCAGAAAUACUCCAAGCCGCUUUAUGCUACGGCGGAAACCAGAGAAACGCUCUGCCUUGAUUGCAAAAAACGGUUCUUUUAAAAUCGGUUUUGAAGAUUCAAUUCAUUAUUCCCUUUGCAUUAUCUUACCGUAGUCCUUACGAACUUAAACGAAGACCUGAAAGUCAACGCAAAUGCAAUUAACUGACUCUAAAGGAGACACUCCCUGAGUAAUCUUUGUGUGUCCACGGGCCAAACGCAAAUGGAAGAUGGAAGGGGCUUUCGAAAUAUGAAUUUGCGUACAAAUUUUCUUUGCGUAGCUCUUUAAGUACCCCCAACUUGUAAAACAAAAAUCUCGAAAUUACACCGGCGCUUGCCCACAGCUACAGAAAUCGGUAGGGCCAAAUUACAGCGACCUGGUCAAACAAGACACCUAGGCUUGGUUUAAGAGAGUCAGUUCUUGUGUUAAGACGAAAUUCCUUUGAUUUUACGACUUAAUUUAUAAAGGAAUUCACCUUUUGGACGCACCUUACGUGCCGACUUUUGAAAGCAUCUGCUGUUAUGACAUCACUUACCAAAAAAUAGCGCGAUUCAAACAACUCAAGUUUGUGCCAAUGUAAGAUAACUUUUUUUUCUUGUUAUUAUUUUAUGAUUUAAUGUUUGGUCGGUAGUUUUCGUAUUUUGUACGAAGAUAUUUGAUUCCUGUAUAUCUGUUUCUGUCAACAAGAAAGCGUUGCUUGUUUGUUUAUUUAAUUCUUUUUCGUUAUUUAUGGUCCAUGUUCUUUUUCUUUAUUUUGCCGCCGGGGCGGCUGCUCUUAUGCCAAGCCUAGAACUAAGAAGAAUAAAUAAUGUUCACUAUGAUGCCCUUCA